AUGCAGACUCGGACAGUUAGUCAAUUUGCGCGAUCGGCGGGGACAUUUUUCACGCGUGCGUUCGGGGUCGGGGGGCCGCGGGGGGCUGGCGCGGAGGCGUCAAGGUCACCGGUGACGUCACCCGGCGAACAACGACCUCCCGAAAUCGAGGCGGACACCGCUCGCACCGAUUGUGUCGAGGUGCUGGUGACACCCGCCGACUUUUGU